UAUUCCUCCUCGCGCGAACUCCCGUAACGUAACGCUGAACAAUAAACGGUGGGGAGCUCGAUUCCUGGACUGGGUUAGAGUCAAGGAGGUGGAGGAGGUGAGCGCAAAUAUUUACAUUUAAAUCAUAAUAAAAUACUUCAAAGAAAAAAACACGUUUCACACCACAAAUUGUGGAGCGCACGGGAAGCCAGUGACUUGCUCACUUGGGGAUUUUGUGACGGUUUUUUUUCUUUACACAACCUGGUCGGGUCCUGUUUUAUUCAUUGUGGUGUGUGACACUCCGAGUCAACAGAACACAGCUGCCGAGACCGUGCACAGCCGUCAGCAAAAGAGCGCAAACUCAAAACAUGGCACAGACAGGGAUCCCUGCCUCCGUGCCCCCGGAGCUGCCCUCCUCAGAGAGCCGCUUGGUAGUGACGUUCCUCAUGUCUGCCCUGGAGUCCAUGUGCAGAGAGCUGGCCAAGUCGAAAGCAGAAGUGGCCUGCAUCGCCAUGCAUAACACUGAAGUGUUUGUGGUCGGGACGGAGCGGGGAAAAGCCUAUGUCAACACAAGGAAGGACUUCCAGCAGGACUUUGUGAAGUACUGUGUAACAGAAGAGGAGAAGCUGACCAGGCUGCAGAAGUUGAGGUCCUCUUCUCCAGAAUGUGAACCUGAGGAAGUAAUCGACACAGAAGCUCUGGAGAAGGCAGUGGAGGACCUCUUCUGUAUAUGUUACGGUAAAGCUUUGGGGAAGCCCAGUAUUGUGCCUGUGCCGUAUGAGAAGAUCCAAAGCGACCCCUCGGCUGUUGCAAUACAGGGUCUGCCGGACGGAGUCUGCUUUAAACACCCUGCAAGCUACAACAUUUCAACCCUGAAACAAAUCCUGGAGAGAAAGUCUCAGAUCACGUUUGUCAUUAAAAGGCCAUUUUUGGAGGCAAAGAAAGAAAAAGAGGAGCAGGGCAGUAAAGCACCACACUGUGGAAGUGGUUCAUGGUCUCCUAGCAACUUUGUGACGGUAGAGGUAAAGACAGAACCCCAUGAUGAUCAAGGGGAUUUGGAAAUGACCGCUGUGACGGUGAAAGAAGAGAUCGUGGAUGAAGAAACCCAGCACCCCUUGACAGACAGUCAACCUGGGGGAGACUCCAGUGAGGAAACUGAAUUGGAGGGCCCUAUAGAUGAUUCAACCCAGCAUGUCUCCUCUGAAACGAGUGAGGACCCAGAGGUAGAGGUGACCAUAGAAGAAGAGUAUAUGCCACGAAACAAAAGACCAAAGAUUAUACCCACGGAAGUACCCAGCGAGCCGGCUACCACCAGCAAAAGGAAAGUGAGGGAGUUUAAUUUUGAAAAGUGGAACGCCAGGAUUACUGAGCUGAGGAAACAAGUGGAGGAGUUGUUUGAAAAGAAAUAUGGGCUAGCUAUCAAAGCCACGGGGCCGGUGUCUAUCCCCUACCCGCUCUUCCAGUCCCACAUGGAUGAUCUGUUCGUCGAGGGGCUGCCGGAGGGAAUCCCCUUCAGGAGACCCUCCACCUAUGGGAUCCCGCGCCUCGAGAGGAUCCUGCAAGCCCGGGAGCGGAUCCACUUCAUCAUUAAGAAGCCUGAGCUACUCAGCACAGCUAGAGAAGAGCUCCUAUUGGAUAACCCUUCCUCGCAAGUAAGAGAGGAGUGGUAUGCCAGGAUCACCAAACUCAGGAAGCUGGUGGAUGAGCUUUUCUGCAAGAAGUACGGGGAGGCCCUUGGCAAGCCGGGUCCCCUGCCCGUCCCAUACCAGAAGUUUGAGGCCCAUCCGCAUGAGCUCUUUGUGGAGGGGCUGCCAGAAAGCAUCCCGUUCAGGAGCCCCUCCUGGUACGGCAUUCCCCGUCUCGAGAAGAUCCUGCAGCUCAGCGGCACGCUCCAGUUCAUCAUCCGCAGGCCUGAACUGUUGUCCCAGGAGCAAACUGAUACAGCCCAACUGAGACCCAGCACAGAAGUGAAGGAAGACUGGAACAUCAGAAUCUCAAAGCUGAGGAAACAAGUAGAAGAGGUUUUCAAUUCCAAAUUCGCUGAAGCUCUGGGGCUGCUGGAGCCAGUCAAGGUGCCCUACCCUGUGUUCGAGUCCAACCCUGACUCCCUGUUCGUGCAGGGCCUGCCCGCGGGGAUCCCCUUCCGCAGCCCCACCUGGUUCGGGAUCCCCCGUCUCGAGAGGAUCGUCCGGGGCAGCGCCACGGUCAAGUUCGUGGUCAAGAGGCCUGAUCUGGUGAUUCCAUUUUUGCCUCCUGGUUUAGCAGAAAAAAUCAAUACAGAAGGUGCUAAUAAUAAAGAAGGUGCUGCUCCAACCCUCGCCCAGACGAAUGGCUCAAACACCCCCUUCAAACCUAGAGGAAGGGAGUUCUCUUUCGAGGCAUGGAACGCCAAAAUAACUGACCUGAAGCAGAAAGUUGAGACACUGUUCAGUGAGAAGUGUGCGGAGGCCCUGGGCCUGGCUGAGCCGGUUAAGGUCCCGUACGUCCUGUUUGAGUCGUUCCCCGGGGAUUUCUACGUGCUGGGCCUCCCCGACGGAGUGCCCUUCAGACGGCCGUCCACCUUCGGCAUCCCCCGCCUCGAGAAGAUCCUGCGCAACAAGGCCAAGAUCACCUUCGUCAUCAGCAAGCCUGACAUGUUUGAAGCAGCCGUGAAGGAAGCAGCUGCAAACCGUCCCAUAACAAGGACAAGCUUUGGAUCCCCAGCUUUAACAGCAACAGAAAAACCCACAACGGUUCAAAAUCCAGCAACAUCAGGUAAAAGAGGCCCCAGUACAGCGCUGGCCAUGGAGGACCUGAAUAUCAUUCAAGUGACUGUCCCAGAUACGGAGAGCGAGAGAUUGUCGAAGGUGGAGCGAGCUCGGCAGCUGAGGGAGCAGGUGAACGACCUGUUCAGCAGGAAAUUCGGUGAAGCGAUCGGGGUGGAUUUCCCAGUCAAGGUGCCCUACAGGAAGAUCACCACUAACCCGGGCUGUGUGGUGGUGGAUGGCAUGCCGCCCGGAGUGGCCUUCAAGGCCCCCAGUUACCUGGACAUCUCCUCCAUGAGGAUGAUCCUGGAGUCGGCCGACUUCAUCAAAUUCACCGUCAUACGGCCUUUCCCUGGACUUGUCGUCAGCAGUCAAGUUGUGGAUCCUAGUGAGGCAGUGCAAGGAAUGACUGAACAUAGCAAAGCAGACAUGCCUUCAGCACAAGGGGAUGCAGAGGGGGGAAUGAAGGAGGAACACAAAGGAUCCUGGUAGCACAACACCCAGGUAGUACUGUUAGUCUGGAACGGGGCUGUGAACACAGAGGAUGUUAAUGAAGCUGAGGGUGUUACAGACAGCAUGGCUUUCCAGUCAUUUAUCAGUGGUCUACUAUACCUGUACAACAGCAUUGCCUUCUGUACAAACCUGUUAUUUUCUAUUUUGUACCAAGAGAUUGCAUUCUUUGUGAUGUAUUAUUUUUCAAGUACCUGCUAUCCUGUCAUUGAGGUACAUUGUCUGAUGAUGGAAUACAGACAGUACCACCGGUGGGUAAGACAGGGCUAAAGUAGAAUUAGGAGAUGACCUAUAAAACUGUAGAGAUUGCCACAAAAAAAGAAACUUGAAAACUAAAAAUCAUCAACGUGAAAACUACCCAGAAUCUGUACUAUAUAGAGUAGAUGUACUUUAGCCAAAGUCUGCUGAAAACUUUAGUUCAUAAUUAUUAUUAUUAUUAUUAUUUAACCUAAAUCUGGUCAGGACCGAUUCAUUAGGUUGAGCAGAUCAAGACACCAAAAAGUUCCUUUUAAGAUGUUUGCGUACCUUGACCUUUUAUUUAUUUGUUUUGCUAGUUGAUGCCAUUAUCAUUUAACAAAACACAAAGGACAUGCUAUCUGAAAUCAGAGUAAGGGAAUGAAAUGCAGAGAUUUCUGAGCCAGAAAACAAAAGUUUUGUUCCGUAAUCCUCCCAUGUAAGUACAUUGGUUUCAAAUGUGUAAGGCAUUUUACUAGAAGUUAUUAAAACUGAAGGAGUCCCUAGUUUUUGUCCGAUAAGACAAAUAUCCAAAAGCUUUCAGUUGGUCCUAGUUAAGACAGGGAUUGGUGGCAAGUAUGUCAACAACAGUGGUGGAGAAAAUGUGUUCGGCACAGAGCCCUGAUGUUUGGUAGGUACAACCUCCACAUUGUCAUGACUUCCACUGUCGCCCAUAGGUGAAGAGGAACUACGGGAGGGUUCCUGUGUGGCUUGUGGCAACUCUAUAAGCAAAAAGCCAAUUCUGCUGUUGAGUAUCAAGUGACUGUAUAACCCACCCUGUACAUUACAUCACUUAGUGUAUAACCCGCCCUGUACAUGACAUCACUUACUGUACAUCACGUACUGUAUAAACCACCCUGUACAUUACAUCACUUAGUGUAUAACCUGCCCUGUACUUUACAUCACUUUGGCACAAUGCCAUGAGGCAAGGCAAAGCCUUUAUAGGUAUGGCUUAUGAAAGUGAGGUCAGCAUCAACUGAACCCAAUUAUAAAAUGCCUUAGUGAAUAUUUCUAGGUGUGGAGGUUUAACAGAACAGGACUCACCUUCAUUUUGUUUAACAUUCCUGUUACUUUGAUGCAUUUCUUUAGGCUUGUUCUGUAUGUGUCAUUUAAGCAUGAAAAUUAUUGUAAGCGUCUCUCUUCAGAAACUGAAAACAAAAUAUCCACCUCAAACAAUGGAUAUGUGCAGUGUUCUUGAACAAUAACAAUUUUUCUGCACUGUGUUUACUUUUCUUUCAACACAGCUAAAGAAGGGCUUUUGUCCAAAAAAAGCUCCAUUUUAUAUAUAUAUAUAUAUAU